AUGGUCGAUGACCGAACUUGGAGCAGUCCUCAAAACCCAAAUCUGUUGCCCACCCGUGAAGGACAAAUAACAGUUGACCAAUGUAAAGAAAUGUCACUGCGUUGCUCGCAACCUCGAGACAAAGAUGCUCUUAGCAAUCAGUGCUUCCCUUCGGAAAAGAGCUUUCGAAGAAUACGAUGGAGCAGCGUCGAUGUUCAACAAUGGUGCUGCUCUCAGGAUCGUAAAACCGACACCUACAAUCUUUGGUCAUCAAUGGCCGGAUGCUCACAAAACACCACAUAUUUUGAUCAAGAAAUGCGAGUUUGCCAUCAGAUGAUUCGUGCAGCCAAUCAGAUGAGCUAA